CUAACUUGGAUAGAAGAACAUAGCUAAAACUUUCUUAAAGAAGCUGGAAAAAAGUUAAAUGCUCUAGCCAGGGUUGCUUCGUAUAUGGAUGAAUGUAAACGAAUACUUUUGCUGAAAACGUUCGUUUUAUCAUAUUUCAACCACUAUCCUAUCAUUUGGAUGUUUUGUAGUAAGAACAAGAAAUAGCCAGGAUUCGGACCCAUGAAAGAGCAAUGAGAAUAGCUCUUGAUGAUUAUGAAUCAACUUUAAAGAAAAAAUAAAACAACAACUCUUGUAAAAGAAAUUACAAUACCUUACAAAAGCAAUAUGAAAACAUUUAAAGGUUUAAACCCAAAUUUUAUGGAUGAAAUAUUUUCCAUAAAUGAAUGCUCUUAUAACAUAAGAGCAUCUCAACUUAAACCAAGGGGACCUCAUAACAUAAUAAAUUGAUUUAAUACAGUAUCAUUUGGAUGCAACCAAAAACGGAACUCAAUCCCCAACGAAAUAAAAUACUCCGACUAAACAAACAUUCAAUAAAAAUAUUUGAGAGUUUUAAAGGUUUAAAUUGUGCUUGCAAAGAAUACAUAUGCAACACUGGUUAUUGCUGAUUUAUAUUGUUUGAAGGUAUUUCGAAUUAAAUGGCUUUCAUAAGCUUUAGUGUAGCUAAACAUUGUACCAACUUUUAAUAUUGAAAGAAAGGAACGCUACAAAAUAUUCGCUCUGAGACUUAAUAUAACAACUGUCUCAAAGCCUUAUGAAUUGUGUCAAAAAUUGAGAUUUCUCCUGUGUUUAGAGGCGAUGUCUUUUUGUAUUUUACAAUCAAGAGAUGUCUUUCUGUUCCAACAGCGUGGCGCGUGAGUCGCGUAGGAUUGAAUUUUUUGUUGCAUAAGAGUGUAAAAACUGACCCACUCGUAAAAAUAUACCUAAUUAUUUGAGAUAACAUUUAAACAAAAAAGCAACGUCUUGGUAAAAUUUUAAUUUGAUGCAAGCUUCUGUUUUCAGAGCUCAAGUCAUUUGAAUGACUUUUUACAAGAAGCAAUAACUAAAAUUCAAAUACGUUGGCAUUGCUAUCAGUUGCCUUUAGCAUCAUUUAAUCUCCCUCUGUUUGUUAAAUGUUCUUUCUGAUCAAUGCCACGGGGCUCUGACGAAGAUGAAAUGCCGUUUUAACGGUAAAUGUUUGCACAACGUUGAAUCAGAAAAACGUUCUUGUUUGACAUAGUCGAGUUCUAAUUAAGCAUAAUCGCUAAAUACCUCAAAUGAUUAUGUUAUCAGUCAAUAUUUUAUGAAAAUACUUCUAAUAAGGAUUCUGCCUCCACGCACGAGCGAAUUCUGGCCUGCAAUCUUAUGCUGUAAACCUUGUACGAAGACUAAAAUCAUUGGUUCAAAUCUCGAGCAAUGUCUAAUAAUUCGAGCUCACAAGGUCUCUUGAGGGUGAAUCGCCAUAUGUCUACACCACUGUUUGACCGUGGCAUGUCAAAUGCUGAACUCGUUCCUUUUCUGACUUGUCACAUUUUAGUGGCUAUUUCAAACAUCAUAUUAAAUUCGUCACUACUAGCUGCAAUAAAGAAACUGAAGAAAGGAGGGUCAACCUCCUACAUGUUCAUCAAAGUGCUGUGCACAUCUGACAUAACUGUUGGCAUAUUCCAGUUUGUUUACAUUUUUUUACGCUGUGGCAUUUCUCAGUACGACUCUGAAACCCUUGUCAGGAUGGAACUGGCCGUAAAAACAAUUUUUUACUUUGGGGCACCUUUCUCGGGAGGCAUGAUUCUAAUUAUUUCAGCUGAUAGAUACAUACACAUGAAGUACCUCAACAAAUACAACCAAAUUAUGACGUAUUCAAGGGCCUGGAUUCUGAUUGGUGCUAACCUCGUCUUGCAGCUAUCUACCUCGAUCUCCUUGAUGUUUGCAUCCAUGCGAAGCUACUUUGGAGUGCUUCAACCAGCAAUUGUUUGUGGUUAUAUUUUAAUGAUAUCAACAUCAAUAAUCCUUUACUGCGGGGCCUACAAGUCCAUAAAAACUCGUACCCGAAACUCUUGCGUCAGCGUCGAAGCAAUUCCAGGAUCGCCAUCUACAUCAAAAGAGCGAAGAGCUAGGUCCCUUGAAUUUUCAAGAGCCAUGAUGUAUAUAUUGAUGUCUUUAGGGGCUUGUUACACGCCAUUCCUUGUGUUAACUUCGACAAGAUCGUUAAUGCUCUGGCUGGGAAAACCUGUGCCUCAUAGACUGAUGUACGCACUGCUUUGGACGUACAACAUAAACUUCAGUCUUUCUACUUUCAAUGUGAUCAUAUUCAUAGCUUUAAACAGAGAAUUUACAGCACACGCCAAAAAAAUACUAGGAAAGGGAAGAGUUCGUAGAAGAAGCUCUCGCUGGACAGAAAUGGAGGAGUUUUCAGAUGUUCAACUGCCAAGAAAGGUAUCUCACAGACUGACUAUCGUAUCUUUGCCUUGUUAAAGGCCAGGCCUCGCAAAAAGGAUGCGGCUCUUGGGCAACAGGCACCUUCGAAAUGGGCAUUACGCCAUACAGGAUAAUGCUAGCUUCAUCAUAAUGUUUGUAUCGUACCAGUAAAGACAUUUUUGAACAUGCUAGAGAAUUACCCUAUCCAGCCCUCCUUCCCCUUCCAUUAUUUAAAACAGUAGGUCAAUUUUCUCCUCUUUGUAAGAAUGAAGACUUGACCCAAGCAGGUUUAAACCAUUUAAGGCUUUGAUAUCAGUAUUACUGUUGGAAAGUGAUGCCAAUUAAUAACGCUUCGUUUCUGUUCUAUAAAGUAAUGCUUUUCUUUUAGUGUAUAUCUUAUCUGAAAAAAGACCUUGUUGGAAGAUUUGGUUUAUAGAAGAUAUUAUUGCUGUGACAAGGAGUCAGUUUAUGCGUCGUAUCCAUAUGAAAUUUGGUAUUUUUGCCAAUGUGUCAGAUAUUUGAAGAAUGCUAGGCUGUUUGAGAAAACAGUUUGUGAAACAGGUAUAAACAGGUAAUUCCUGCUUAACCCUAGAAAUGACAAAAUCUCCAUAAAAUGGAAGUAAACGAAAAUUAACUGAGUAGAUUAAUGCUUUUAAAAAAUUCGUUUGACUGAAAUCAAUAAUUGUAUAGCAAAGUUGAUUUUCUUUUAUGGUCUUGGGCACAACCAGAGGCCCUCGAUCAAAUAUUGAGACAUUUGAAAAUUCAUUCAAAAUUCCUGGUAACACAAUAUUUGACCAAUGAAACAACAUGAAGCAAAAAGAAAAGCUAGUGCACAGGAAAAAGCAAACAACUAGAUUUGGUUCCAAAAAUAUAUCUUUUCAUUGAUGUUGUGCUUCAAAUCUUGCGAACAUUGGGAAGUGGCAUCGUGGUGAACACUAGGAUGGAGGGCAGAGACAGCAAAGGGUUACUUUAGCAUAAAGUUACGAGAAAAUAAGCAUAAACUUGUGAGAAACUUCUCGGUGUUGUGCUAUUGGUUCAAAAAUUUUCACCUGAAUUCUUGGAACCAUUUCAAAAUGGGGGGGGGGGUGACCUUCUUGCCCCCCCCCCUGCCACGAUGCCACUGAUAGUGACGAAGUAAAAUCUUAAUAAUUAUUGAAAACUAUCAAAUUAUUAUUCGAACAUACAAAUUUAUGGUAAAACCGUCUGGUCAACAGCGCACAUAAGCUAAGACAAAUAUUAAGAGUCAUUGAGAGUAGCUGUGAGAAAACUGGGUGUUACGUACAAGCCUAAGGCCCUUCAAAAAUACAACCAAAAAAGGGCGUGGCGACCAUGGGGGAUAAUAGGAGGGUAACACAUCCAGUCUUUGCAAAGAAUGCCAACAAAGGGAACUAGAAAGGGGGGUAAGAGAAGAGUAAACCAGCUGUCUCAGGAAAGUAUUUCUAAAUAUCUCUAACUAGCUUUCUUUAACUUUUUGUAUUUAUGUGUCGUAAAUUUAAAAAAAAAAUACUAAUCAAGCCCUGAUUUUGAUAAUGAAUUAGUAAAAUCAAAGAUUCAUGCGACGAUAAUAGGGACUGUUUAUGCUGGGAAAGCUUAGAGAAAAAUUGGUAUUGUUUUGAAAAAGUAAAAUAGAUGAAUCAAAUUUACAUUACAUUACGAGGACAUUUUUAACGUUAGGGGGAACAGAACUGAAUAUCGAAGCAAGUGAAUACAGAGCUCGCUUAUACAUAAAACACAUUUUUAACAAGUCUACAUUUGAACUCAAGAAGAAGAUAUGUUACUUAUCAGCUUCCUCUUGUGCAGCUUCCGGGCUUAAAGGCAAAGAGUUCACGUGUCUCAAUCCAACAGUAAGGACCUUUUUGAUGCAUGCAGCGAUGAGAUCACUGGCUUCUUUGGCCUCAUUGCAGGCAAAAUUUAAGUUUAAAAAUCCAUGUGGUAAAUCAUCGACAAUGAAAAGUUCAGGAUCUUUCUGCAGCUUUUUAAGACGGCGAACGAAGUCUAUAGAGUCGUCAAGAAGGGGGUCCAGGGAGCAGGCCUGUGUUGAAAAAACCAAGUAUUUUAAAUGAACUACACACACGAGACUAUCAAGAAAAUCAAAUCACAAACAGAAAAAUGGCUUUUCAAAACAGGACGCUUCAUAAAUAUGAAAACUAUUAAAGCUCCACGCUUUCUUUAUGAUAGUGCUGCUUCGACCAAGAGUCAUGAUAAAUUUUCUUUAAGUUCAGGAAGAACGAGAACGCAGCAGCGAUCCAAUAUUUUAGGCUAUCCUGAUCAAAGUCAACUUGGUAAAAAACAUACGCCUAAAAAGAGGCUGAACAAGCAUAAUGAAAUGACAAACAUCAAAAGCAACUGGUAUUAAUCUAAAAAGAGUUAACCUAGAAAUUCCUAAUGUGUUUAGCUGCUGUGAGGUAAUAUGGCUCUAAAUCUUUCCAUUAAACGAAUUUUGAGAGUUUUUAGAUAUAGAACCAGGCACACCCUUACCACAAUGAUCAUUUUUGGCAGCAACUUCAAAGCUUCGUCUGAAGCAAGCAAUGGAGACAUUAAAGGAUCUUUGCAUCUUUUCUUCAUUGAGCUUGAUAUAGAAUCGCUUGAACUUUUUCUCUCGUAAAACUUUUCUACUUCAAUGCUGCUGCCACUUGCAAAUGAACCACCGGGAUCUUUUUCCAGAUUUUCCCUACUGACAAUUACACACUCACUUGUUUCCUUAAUGUAGAGCGCCCUAAGCCGAGUGUCAGAUACAGUGUCAUUGUUACUUUUCUGAUCAGAUUUUGAACUGUUAUCUACUCUAGGGCAAUCAGUUAAACCUAGGUCCGCAUUUUUCUUUGCUUGAGAUUCAGUCUCAAGACAUGCCUGAGUACGUACAAUACUCUCUGCAGUCACUUCUGUCUGUCUAAUUGACGGAUCAUCAAUAUGGAAAUCUACGGAAUUAGCCCUAAGCCUUUGGAAUGACUCCGUUAUACUGUCACUGAGAGAUCGCCUAUGGUUUGGUAUUGUCUUUGAUCGACGUUCACGACGAAUCAAAAUGUCAACGUCAUUAGUGUCAUUGGUAGUAUGAUCUUCCUUAUGGUGUUUAUCUUCUCCCGACAGCGCGUUGGAUUCAUUUUCUUUAUGUUCAAGUUUAAGAUUCUCAGAAGCUUUAGGCUCAAAAAUUUCAGACUUAGAUUCACUCUCUUCGUUUAGAUUUAACUCAUCAGUUUCAGGGAAUUCGUUUACAGAUGUUGGCAGAAUUCGUUUUCUUUUGACGGGGACAAUUUUGGUCCUACGCUGAGUAUCCCCUGUAACAUUUGCCUCGAUUGGAUGCAUCUGUAUCCCAUCCACUUCGCUAUCACUUUCACUACCUCGUCUCGAAUUAGCUCUUGGCACUUCAGUGCUUGUCUUCCGACACCUCAAGCAACCAACCAGAGGUCGCGAAACGCAGUAGUGGUCACUUGACGCAAGAUUGGAAUCCGACAGCGACCUACGUCCGACAACGUCACUCCAGUGUCUAUGUUUUGCCAUAACCGCUGCUUCCCCAAAAUCAAGAUCAAAUGGAUUGUACGCAUCAUCAAACCUAGCUGUUCGCAGAGAAGUUGUACUACCAGUCUCCUCGACUUCGUCAUCAACAUUUCCAGCGUAAGCACGAAGACAUACUUUCAAUAUUCCUGGUGGGAGCAGCGGAUCCAUUAAUGCAAGCAUCCUCGAUGGCGAAGGAGCAUACUGAACACGCAAGGGAGGGUAUGCGAUAACGAGACCAUUAGGUAAAUUCAUACCUUCUUCGAUUAGUUUCAAUGCCAAAGCAACCAUAAGAUUACCUCCUGAAAAUGCGAUUUACAUUGAAUUUUAAAAUUUAUUCUUUUACACAUAGAAAUCAGGUAAUUUUGAAGAUUUUUGAUUAAAAAAUCUGUCAAAUUAAAAACCGUAGAAAUUUAUAAGUUCCUAUCAAAUUCUGGAAAUAAGGAACAGUUUUUAUCACAAACUUAUUUGUAACUACAAGAAACGUAAUAGAAAAAAAAAUUAGAAACUAUCCUUAUUCCCUGUUCGGUGUGAAUUAAAGACCUCGAUUUGAAUCAAAUGUGCCGUUUAGAGGAUUUCAGGACCAUGGGGUGAUCCCAAAGGAAGACAAGGAAGUUAAUAACAGCAAUAUGCAAUCGUAUAUGAAUCUACUCAUCAAAUAUUCAAACACAAGAAUUUCAAUCCGCUCAAGGACAUUUGUGUUUACCUGCAGAGUCCCCCGCAAAACAAAUACGUUCAGCUGUCCAUCCUAACGACUUGCAAUUGAGAAUGGCCCAGUUAUACACGUAGAAACACUCGUUAAGAGCUUCCGGGUACGUUGCAUCAGGAGACAAUGAGUAAUCUAUUGAUAAGAUGGGACACUGAAGCUCUUUUGCCCAAUUUCGUAGGUAAAUCUAGAUUGAAAAUGGACAAUUACGUUGUUAGCACGUUACUUGAUAGAUACUGCAAAGUGCAAAAGGUAAGGAAACAUAAAAACAAAGGUAAGGAAACAUAAAAACAUUGCUAUUACAAAAAGCGUUGAAAUCAAUGAUUAUGUUGCAGAAUACAUCUGUUUGCUUGAAUACAAAAAAAUCAUCCCACAUACAAAGUACCUGUACAAAGAAUCUCAUCUUUGGCACAGUUUAUAAUCACAUGUUUAGAAAAAGCUGGUAUUGUGUUUAUCUGAAUGUUUUAAAUUUUAUCAUGCUGACAUCAAUGGCCUCCAUGCUUUUACCAUUCUCAGUAAACAUAUUGAAUAACUCGUGGAAAUAAAAAUCCCUCUCUAAUUUUUGAACGUACAAAACUUAACAGAUGUGUACUGUAGGAGGCUAGGGCAAUUUUUCUUUCCAAGUUUCCAUGGACAGCAAUAAAAGCUUUUGAAGGUGGAACUCCUAGUAUGGCUUCUUCCUGACCUAACAGGUUGUGCACAUCGACACAAAUUUAAUGAAAUGACUGUAGCGAAGCGAUUCCCUUCAGAUUCAUAAGAAAAACUUAAGAAUAAAAUUGGACAGAACUUUGCGCCCUGUGGCAUAACAUACUAGCGAACAGAGAUUGGAGUUUUGAUCUACCUAGAGGGUAAUAUGUAAACAGGCGAGAGCUAAAAUGUCGACACUGUAUGGCUUUAUUUUUUUCGAGGUAGCUUCAAUACGUUUCCUUUGGUAACCUGUCAGACAGCGAGCAGCCAAGGUACUGAAGGGCCUAAAGGCUACAAUGUGUUUUACCAGGACGUGCCGGUCUGAAGCUGAUAAAUUUACAUAAAACGAUAGAUUUAACAUCUACAACAAAAAGAAGUGUUACUGCAAGUACGUAUUUGGGUGAAUUUGGAGGUAGCAUCUUAUUGAAAAUUUCCAUAUUCAAAAAAAAGAUAAAUAAGACUAACCUCGUGAGACUUUGAUGACUGUGCUACAAAUCCUCCACCAUGACAGUGGAGAAGCAAGUUCUGAGACAGGCCAUGCAUUUUUCUUCCAUGCGAUUCUGACAUGUUCUCGCUGCUCCCUUGUUUUCCCUUGGAAGCAAAUAGAAAAAUAGUUAAGAAUAUCAGAUAGUUCUUACCAAAGAAAAUCAGCCUGCAUGUCUUGAACUCGUUUUCACUACAUUCAGGUAUAAAUCUUUAUCAAUACUAAAUUUAAGAUGAAAAAAUACCAAAUCUGGCAAACGAACUCAAAAUUAACUAAUAAUUUGAAACAAUCGUCUUAAAAAAACGCCAAAUCAAACACCAAAAUAGAUUUUCAGCUUCAUAUCAACAUUUAUCUUUUCUAUAUCAGAGUGAAUGUAUUUUCUUCUUUUUAAGGGCCUCGUUGCUUUCAGUAAUGAAACUAAAAAUUUUUUGUGAUGGUUCAAUUUUGGUUUUUAAGUGGCAGCGCCAUAUUGUGAAGGACUUGAUACCACAUUCCAUUUUGUAAUCUUUUUUUGCAAGUUUUCGUUCAACAGACCUCAUAAAAUGGCGCGAGACAAUUUCUAGUAAAAAAUUGGACAUAUGCUGAUUUGCCUAAACUCUAAAUCAUACUUUUGUACCAAUAUAUACCUUGUGUAUUUUAUUCUAGCCUAAAACCAGCAUCCUAUAUAUGUUGUAUUCUAGAAUUGUACGCGCUAUAAUGAUCAUGCAAGACCCCACAACCUCACCUUUGUGGUACAAAAUUUCAAGUCUUUCACAGUAGUAGAGUAUACAUAUUUACAUACCUGUCCCUCUCUCAGUGAAUAUGAUAAUAGCCUUGCGUGUAUUAUUUUUUGUCCUUUGCUUUGAAACGGUGGGUUGAUAACUUUUUUCCCAUUCAAGGUAUCAACAACCAACGGUUCAACUUUGAUCUUCAGUUCCUUGUUUAUUGACAGACUUGGACAUAUCAACAUUGGCACAUGCUGAAAUAAAAAAGAGCUAACUCACAGCAGCUUAAACGAGAAUUUUCAAAGUUUAUUAGGUCUGAUGAAUUGUGUCCAAAUUGUACUUUCUCAAAAAUACAGCCUUCAGGAUUGUCACAAUCAAUUUCUUGAAACAAUGGGUCUUAAGUCGCUUUAUCUACAAGACUAAGAUGUAAAAUGAUAUAAAUGAAAUCUAUAAUUACAGUCUACUAUAAUAAGGUUACCUGAAUACCAUGAUUUUCAGUCAAUGACCAGAAAGACUUGCAAAACGGCAUGCUUACAUGCUGUGUAAGCUCAACAAUUCUUUUUGCACGUAAUUCAGGAUCCACAACAUACUUUCCACUAUGAAGUACUGAUGAAAGAGCUCGUGCAGUUUCUCCAUUAUGACGUUUGAAACCAUCACCGUAUGCAGCAAGAGCAACAGCAACAACAUUCAAACUUUGCUGCAGUGCAGGACUAAACUG